GUGAAAUUUCGAUUUCCAUGAAAACCCCUAAUACAUCCAUCAAUUUAGCGCAACGAUGAGCGACCACGAAAGCCUGUAUGUGGAAUCCGAUUCCGAUUCCGAAUCUACUCCUGGCGAGAGGAAACCCAUCCGCAGGGGAAAACGAACUCGCCAACCAACAGUCUUCUACUCCCCCUCCGCCUACCAACCCGACGCCAGCGCCGCCGUCCCCUGGCCAAAUAAAUACGCACACAUCGAAGGCGACCAGACCAUCAUCUCGCAACUUACACCCGUCCUCAGCUAUGGCUCCUACCAACCCGGGGAACUGACGCAGGAAAUGCGGAAUGCGCAGGCGACCAAUGAAUCCAUCGAGAACGCGCAGAGGAAGUUACUCCAUGGGUUUACGACGAGGGAGUUGACGGAAUUAGAUGCCAUCACGACGAGGGACUUACGCGGGGGGGAUUUGGCGAAUGUGCUGCAUCCACUGUUUCGGAGGGAGAGGUGGGAGUAUCAGCCUGAUCCGUUGGGGACGAUGGAGAGGAAGGAUUAUUAUACGUUUUAUGAUAUUCCCGAGAAGCCGGAUGGGUUGGAGGGGAAUUGGGCGGUGAGUAAUGAGGCUGUGUGGGAGGUUAUGGGGCCAUCGUUGAGGAUUGCUACGUAUUUGCUUGCUAGUAUGCAUAUGAUGCCUUUUGUAAGUGAAUCUGAUGACCAUGAACUUUUACUUUUAUUCUUUUCUCUUUCUACUUUGUGGCUCUCUUUUCUCUUCCUUAAAUGAAUGCAAGAGCUGAUUCAAAAAUGGUACCGAUAGAUCAAAAUCCUCUUCUUCGGCUCGCUAAGCGACGUCGACGAAUCUCGACGACCAACAGGUUAUAAAGGCAAACUCGUCCAAGUCACAAGAGCAAACGACAAUAACCUCGACAUGAACGAUCUCUCCGCACACACAACCAUCCGUUUCGAUGAAAUGGUCGAUAAAUUUGACAUCACCUUCGGCUUCCAAGACAAGAAUGAGAAUCCGUAUGAUCGGACCAAGUCUGACGUUUUCAUGUGGGGACUGACGGGCAUGACGGGCGGGGGACCCUCUGGCGAGCCGUUGAAGAUUAGGAUCUUUUUGUCGUGGUCGAUGGUGCUUCCGCUUUUUAGGGAGGAUUUGCAUGAUUCGGAACGGAUGGGGUUGCAGUGGUAUAUUGCUAAUGUUUUGUGUCAUGAGUUGCUGGUAAGUGCUCCCUUUUUGUUUUUGCGAAGCGAGGGAUGGGGGAAGUUAAUUGGACGAUUAAUAGCAUGCGAUGUGGUACACGGAAGAUCUGGAAAAACAUGGACGGCAGAGGUUAUAUGAUGUCCCAGAGCCUUACGUGGAAGAAGAUCCGGUAACCGAACUGGGAUUUGCUUUCGAGACUUCAGUAAGCUUCUCUUCCUCCUCGCUCUUGGAAAUGACUGUAUUGAUUGGAAGACUUUUGGUGGAACGAGCUACCCUUUUAGAGAGUACGCAGAUACGUAUGAGUUAUCGGGGUUGACCACCCCGCUGGGCUUUUGGCUGCAGACGGAGUGGCCUACUCCCAAUCAUGGAAGGAUGUCCAAUGAACCGAUAUUGACUAAGCCUCCUAUGAAGUGGUCGGAGAUAUGGCGUCCGAUUCCGGUUACGUUUUAUGAAGGUUGGCGACCCUUUUGCGUUUGUCUAGGAUUCUCGCUAAUGGUUUUAUCUUAAGAUGUACAGCAACGUGAAUUUUGGGUAAGUGGUACCUAUUUUCUUGAUGAAGAAGACUUCUAAUAUUUUUGUAGGACACUGGUGUCGCGAAGUAAGCAUCGGCCAAACAUACAGAGAGAGAGGAACUAGCUUUGUAUAUAUACCUUUUCGAAGCGAGACUAACGAGAUACAUAGGUUUGGAACAAGUGUCCUCCAAGGACGCGCCAAAAGACUGGUCUCUAGAGUCAACCUCUACGAGAAGGAUUCAAAAGAUGGUAAGAUCACAAUGAGGGAGAAUUUCGAGGGGCCCCAGAGUUUGGAAGACACCCCCGAUUACUAUGCACGGAUUCGUGAGCUGCGGAUCAGGGACGCGGUGUUCCUCUCGCCGGAAGAGAGGGAGUUGAAAAGUUUCGGGGAGCGAUUGUGGAGUCUAGAUGAGUUCCAGAAUAAUCACACGACGUACUCGGCGGAGAUGCGUGAGAAGGGUCGGACUAUGAAUACUUGGCUUGAAGAUUAUAGAGUCCGACGGGAAUCGGGGGAGGUUUAUGAUACUGAAGCGUAUCAAGGCGUAAAGUUACUGGAUGAGGCGCGGAAAUUCCAUCUGUUGGUUGUCAAGAAUAUGUGUAAUUAUGAGCAGGCGACGGGCUCGUAUUCUAUUGAUGCGCAUCAGAGUUUGCUUACUUGGAAUUGGGCGGCGAGGAAAACGGCGUAUCGGUUGCGUGAUAUUAUACAUGGUGAUCCAGGAUACAGUCCGGAUCACAAAUUGGGUGUUGAUUACCUGUUACAAUCCCUCGUAAGUACUUCCUCCGCAUCCCCUCCCGGAACUUCCUCCUCCCUAUACCUCAUCUCCUAACCUUGCGAAAAUAGGAAUGGUGCACAUCAAUGCUCUGGGCACCCGAAGACAUGCAAAAUCCCGACGCCUGGACCAAGCUCGCCGAAUGGGUUCCAGACUUCAUCGACUCCAUCAAAGUCCUUCAACAAGUCGUCGUCGAAAAGAACGACCACGGCGCCUGCCGGGCCUCCAAACUCCCCUCCGUCUCAGACGCCAUGGCCAUCCUCGCCCCGCUCUCUCACUACCCCAAACUCAUAACCUCCUGUCUCACCGUCUGCGUGCCCUUCUGGAACCCGCCCAACAUCACGCAGCAAGAACAUAUCGUUAAUCUCCACGCGACGCUGAUACAGCUGCGGCUGUUCCGUGAUGGGUUUAAUGUCGCGGACCUGAAUAAGGAUGAGUUUGGGGAGAUGGUGCAUUGUCCGAGGAAGUGGAGACGUUCGGUUGAUGAGUGGACGGGCAAUGCGGAGUUUAUGGCGAAUUCGAUGGCGAGGGAUGAGGUGGAGAGGAAUCGGUUGAGGCAGAUUGGGCCGAGGUAUGUGGUUGAUAGGGAGGGGAGGAGGAGGAAGGGGGAUACGAGGGGGAUGAAGGUUUUUAUUUGUCGGGAGGAUGAUUAUUAG